AGGGAGGGGUAACUACAAAUAGCCAGGGGCAGUUGCUUCUUCUUCAGUGCUCCUCUCUGCUGCAGCCCUCAUCAGGCUUUCUGUCUCCUCCAUCAUGGCCUCCUACAGCUCCUCCGCCCAAAGCACCUCCUCCUACCGCCGUACCUUCGGUCAGGGCACCUAUGCCUCACCCACCCUCAACCGCUCGCUGCUGGGCCACAUUGGCGGUGGCGGCGGCGGCCACUCCAGCUCCAGGGUCUACGAGGUGACCCGGACCAGCGCGGUGCCGUCCUACCGGGUGUCCUCCAGCUACUACGGCAAGCCAAUUUCAGCCUCACGAGUGUCUAUGGGGCGCACGUACGCCGGCAUGGGCGAGACGCUGGACUUCAGCCUGGCCGACGCCCUCAACCAGGAGUUCCUGACCACGAGGACCAACGAGAAGGCCGAGCUGCAGCACCUGAACGACCGCUUCGCCAGCUACAUCGAGAAGGUGCGCUUCCUGGAGCAGCAGAACCAGGCGCUGACGGUGGAGGUGGAGCGUCUGCGCGGCCGCGAGCCGACACGCAUCGCCGACUUGUACGAGGAGGAGAUGAGUGAGCUGAGGAGGCAGGUGGAAAUCCUGACCAAUCAGAGGUCGCGCAUAGAGGUGGAGCGGGACAACCUGGUCGACGACCUCGACAAACUCAAACAAAGACUCCAGGAGGAGAUUAUUCAGAGAGAGGAAGCAGAGAACAACCUGGCUGCUUUCAGAGCGGAUGUGGACGCUGCCACUCUGGCCCGUCUGGACCUGGAGAGACGCAUCGAGACGCUGCAGGAGGAGAUCGCCUUCCUGAAGAAGAUCCAUGAAGAGGAGAUCCGCGAGCUGCAGGCCCAGAUGCAGGAGACUCAGGUCCAGAUCCAGAUGGAUAUGUCCAAACCGGACCUGACGGCGGCGCUGCGAGACAUCAGAGCUCAGUACGAGGGCAUCGCCGCCAAGAACAUUUCCGAGGCUGAGGACUGGUACAAGUCCAAGGUGUCUGACCUGAACCAGGCUGUGAGUAAGAACAACGAGGCUCUGAAGCAGGCCCGGCAGGAGACCAUGGAGUUCAGACACCAGAUCCAAGCCUACACCUGUGAGAUCGACUCGCUCAAAGGCACCAACGAGUCUCUGAUGAGGCAGAUGAGGGACAUGGAGGACCGUCACGGCCGCGAGGCCAGCGGCUUCCAGGACACCAUCGCCCGGCUGGAGGCGGAAAUCGCCAACAUGAAGGACGAGAUGGCGCGUCACCUCCGCGAAUACCAGGACCUGCUCAACGUAAAGAUGGCGCUGGACGUGGAGAUCGCCACCUACAGGAAGCUGCUGGAAGGAGAGGAGAGCAGGAUUGCCUUGCCUGUGCAUAGCUACUCCACCGUGAGCUUCCGAGAGACGAGCCCCGAGCACCAGCAGCGCUCCUCUGAGAUGCAUUCAAAGAAAACCGUCCUCAUCAAGACCAUCGAGACCCGCGACGGAGAGGUUGUCAGCGAGUCAACGCAGCACCAGCAAGACAUCAUGUAACAAUCUGAAGAAGAAGAAGAAGAAGAAGAAGAAGAAGAAACAAUCUGUCCAUCCUUCCUCUGAGCUGGAUAGAUGAGGAAUAAAAGAAACAAAAAAAAAAAAAAGAUGCACAAAUAAAACUAAGCCUAAAGACUUUACAAACUCCUCGUUAUGGCCUGUACUGUUCUUGUUUGUGAAUUUAAAGGAGGGAACUUUAUCCGGGUUUAUUUAUCUCUGCUUACUGAUGUCUUCCAGCUGAAUACAACAUACAUGUACGUCGCAAUGGCUGCAAAAAAUAAUCUCCAUCUCAUCAUUUACUGUCUAUAACUGAAUCCUAAAGACUCUAUUUAAUUUACAGAUGUCUUAAUAAGAGAAAUCAAGAGAAUCUGCGUCUUAAAACAAGACAGAAUAAAGUUGCUGCACUAGAAUCAAGAAAAAAUACCCUCAAAGAAGUUUAAGGACUCAGUUGUAGAUAUAAAAAUGACUUGAUAAGAUGGAGAUUUUUGCACCGGAUCACCAAAAAUACAGCAUUUAUCCAAGAGGGACCCUUAAAUAGGAUAUUCCAGUGCUGCACACAGUUCCUGCUCUGCAAUUUUAAAGUUAAAUGUCACAGAAAAUUUGCUCUUUCAUUCAAACCGAGCAAAUCUUCCUGCUUUUACCACAAGACCGUGAAAAGGGCAGAAAUAUGGAUUCUUCUUCUGGUUUCUCUUGCAGCAGCUUUUGUCCUGUUUCCUCAAGGUCGUUGUUUUGUCUAGUCAGUAGCGUUAGGAGAGCGAGGAGAACUAUAUGUGCGUGCAUUUACGCUUAUCGAACAAAAAAAGGGGACGCAGAGAGGACAGAUAAAAAAAAAAAAAAGGCGAUGGAGGAGGAGAUUAGGAGGUGUCUGGAGAUGAAGAGAGAGAGAUACGAGGAGAGAGGUUGUGUGAUGUAGAAAAUACUAAGAAAGAGAAGGAGAGAUGGAGGAGAGGGAGGGGGGGCAGCGAUAAUCCCUUGUGACUUUCAAAUAUUUGCUAAUAAAAGUUAAGUGGAUUACAAGUUAAAGCUGACUGACUUCUGUAUGUUCUUGUGUCAAAGGACGACUCGCACACAUUGAUUGUAUACAGGCCCAUAGGAACACAUGCUUUAAUAAUCAUAGUUCAAUAUUUUUUUUUUCUUUUUUUAAAAGCAUAGAGUUACUGGCCUACAAGUGAUGAGAUUGCACUCUCCUUUUACAGAACGGCUUGAGAAAUAAAUAAAAAUCAGCAAAUAAAUACAUCCGACUGGAAAAAGAAACAUGUCUCAAUUAAAUUAGAUUUCUAAGAAAUGCAACAGAAAUAGUUCAAAUAAAACGGUAAAAAUAACAAAAAGAAAAAGUUAGUUAAGUGCUGUGUUUUAUGUACAAAUUUCACAUCGAUGCACAUGGAGGAGGAGGAGGAGGAAGAGGAGGAGGUGGGGGGUGUUUGGUGGGAGCCAAAGCGAAGCCAACGUGGCGGGGCAGAUCAUACGGGGGGGGGGGGGGGGGGACGGGACGGGACGGAGGGGUGAGAUCAUGCAUUUCUGUUUCCAAAAAGGACGAAUCAAAACGUACCAUACAUUCCCCCUUUUGCUUGCUGUUCCUUUAUAUAAAAAAAAAUAAAAUAAAAGGUAAAGACUAUUCACAUUUUCACUGUUGACAAAAAUGUUAUGUUUGUCCCAAAAUGAAGAAAAUCAAUGCACAUGAUGGAAGGAGUCUAAGUACAAGUUGGUUUGGCCGCUAGUCCGCUUUUCUCAUUCAAACUCUCUGAGCCUUAAUUACACUGACAUCUCAGCCUGGUUCUGUUUGUUAAAGGUGCUUUUGAUGAGUCACAUUUCAACCUCACUGAGUAAUUAUCAUGAUGAUUAUUAUACUCUAAACGUAGAGAAGAAAAACAGGUUUCUCCGCUGUAUUUUUAAACAGCUUUUUGAACCGAUAGUCGGCAGUUAAUCUGCUGCAUUGCUUUACGGCGCAAAACAGAAAGAGGGCGCUGUUCUGCCACAGCAAAUAGAGUUUAAGUUUCUCAGACUGGCAGGUGGUGAAACAACUGAUUCUCUUUUUGAAAUUUUAACAAAUGAGUCAGAUUUCAUCAGAAGAUCUGCUGCGUUGCUUUCGCUGUUCUGCCAGCGCUAACGGAGCUAAAGCUAACGCUAAAGCUAAAGCUAAAGCUAGUAAAUGUCUCAAUGCUUUCUCAGAUGAUGUGAGAGGAGUGAAACAUCAUCCCAAACUCAAAAACAGAAGAUAUUUGCACUACUUCACUCUCCACUUGCACAACGUAGUGUGACGUUUAUCUGCUUUACGAACUUAACAUAUAUUUACUUCCAGUCAACCUGCUGUCAACUCUACAGUAACGUGUCCUUCGCCUCCACCUCACUGUUACUUCACUUUUCACAGUUAAUUUUGUACAUAUUGUUAAUAGUAUUUAGCACUUUUUGUAUGUAGUGUUUUUAGCAUUUUGGUAUCACCUCAGUGUCUUUAAAUAGCAAAGUUAGCCAAUCAGCUAUUCUAGCUGGAUACCAAAAUGUAGAAAAGCACCAUUAAAUUUAUGAGGAGGGCCGUCAGCUCUACGGACUUUUGCUCAGUCCCUCUUUGCUUUUCAUCAGUUGAUUUCUCCUCUGUGAGCUUUUCAUUCCUUUCCAGCUGAUGCUGAGCUAAGGGCAAAGUAAAGGAAGAUAUAGCUGGAAACAUUACAAUUUAAACCCUUUAUCGAGCAAUGAGGUCGGAGAUUUACUUGCUCGCUUUCGCAAGACGGUAUACGUCAGUCACUUUUGGUUUUAGCAGCUUUUCCAAGCACCAAGUGUUAAAAAACAAGCAGCGACCCAACGUUAAAGCUGUGAAAAUCAGCGUUGGUGUUACACUGAGUGACUAGCUAACAUCGCUAACGGUUACCUAAGACACUGAAGUGAUUAUCAAAAUGAUCAAAAAUACU